CAGCAAUGGCGGAGACAAUGAAGCCGAGUGGACAUCACACUCUUCUUAAUGAGUCCAGUGAGAUGUCCAGCUACACGGACUGCAUGUGUGUGUUACUGAAGCUGCUAGCAAACUUCGGAAAAGAGCUCAAAUUAGAUGUUGCUGCUUUGAGAAUAGAAGUCAACACCGAUGCUGUGAAUCCUCCAUCUUCAGCGGCUAAUGUUUACAGCUGUUUGCAGGAGCAUAUCACUAAAUUACAGACUGUUUCAGAAAGCUUAAAGACACUAGUGGAUGCUGAUAGUGAACGAUUAUCUACAAAGGACAACACAUCAGAUGAUGCGGUCACCUCAUCUUCCCUCAUAGAGCAGAUGGCUGCACUGUCUGAGCACCUUCCUCCAAGCUCAGAGGCUACAGAAGGCAAGACGGCGGCUGAUGACGUCAUGGUGCAGAUAAGAGCCGGGAAAUCAGAGAUUGAGCGAAGAAUAUCUGCAUUUAUGGAACGCAAGCAGAUGGAGAUCAAUGAAAACAAUGUGCGCGAGUUUUGCAACGUGAUCGACUGCAAUCAGGAAAACAGCUGUGCCAGAACAGAUGCAGUAUUCACUCCUUAUCCAGGUUUUAAAAGUCAUGUGAAAGUUACGCGGGUGGUAAACACUUACGGGCCCCAAACUCGGGGUGGGGGAGGCCAAGGAGAGGGCGGGGAGCAGCAGAGGGGGCCAAUGGCAAGACACUGUGGAAAUGCAGCCAUAGAAGAACGACUUCACAACAUCGAGACUCACCUGAAGCUCCCAACAGCGGGCCCGGUCCCAUUGAGUGUCUACCACAGACUGAAGAAGCUGGAGGACCGUAUCCUGGAAUUGGAAGGACUCUCACCCGAGUAUUUUCAGUCCACAAGUCACCUGCACAAGCGACCAAAGACAUCCCCUGCUCAGGGCUGCAGUCUGACAGAGCUGGAUGAGAAGAUCAAUGCAGUGAAAGCAGCGCUGCUCAAGAGGGUGAAUGAAUUUGGGCCUGGAUAUGGAACAGAGUGCCCGCUGUAGCAAACACAAACCGAUGCUCCAAACACAAUACAUUAGUUAAUGCAUUCAUCUUGUUUCCUCCAUUUCUUUCUCUAUUCAUCAGCCACUCAUUAUGACCUUUCUGACCAUCAGCGAGAUUAAAAAGAGAAAAACUUUUCAUAUCAGCUUCAUUUUGUGGCCAUGAUUGAAUAUCAGAAUAAUAAAUCCUCUAAAUAGUUUUGUAGUUAAGUGAAAUGUAAUUGCUCUGUGAAUAAAGGUAUU